GAGUCGAGAGCAAGCGAGCCAGCAGGAGGUGGUUCGCCUACCCGAGCGGAGCAAUGCCUAAGUCAAAGGAACUUGUUUCUUCAAGCUCUUCUGGCAGCGAUUCUGACAGUGAAGUUGACAAAAAGUUAAAGAGGAAAAAGCAAGUUGCUCCAGAAAAACCUGUAAAGAAGCAAAAGACUGGUGAAACUUCAAGAGCACUGUCGUCCUCCAAGCAGAGCAGCAGCAGCAGAGAUGAUAACAUGUUUCAGAUUGGGAAAAUGAGGUAUGUCAGUGUUCGGGACUUUAAAGGGAAAGUCUUAAUUGAUAUUAGAGAAUAUUGGAUGGAUCCAGAAGGUGAAAUGAAACCAGGAAGAAAAGGUAUUUCUUUAAAUCCUGAGCAGUGGAGCCAGCUGAAAGAACAGAUAUCUGACAUUGAUGAUGCAGUAAGAAAACUGUAAAAUCAGAGCCAUAUUAAAACUUGUACUGUCCUAGUUGUUUUAUCUGUCUUUCUACAUUGGCUUUUGUUUUCUAAAUGUUGUUUUCCAAGCUAUUGUAUAUUUGGAUUGCAGAACAGUUUGUAAGAUGAAUACUUUUUUUUUAAAUGUGCAUUAUUAAAAAUGUUCUGAGUGGAGCUAAUUGUCAGUUUUAUUAAGGAGGAUUGCUUUUGUGUCUACCACCUGGUGUGAAAUAAAAUCAAGUAAUACAAUCUUAACUGUUGUGGCCUUCUUUGAUCAAAAGAGUUGGUAUUAAGGCCAAAAAUUAACAGUUUAUAGACCUUUUAGUUUCAACUCAGCUUUUACAUUCAAAAGAAUGUACAUUGUGUUGAAUUGACUUUUGGUUUGUGAAAUUCAUAGUGGAUCUAUAGUCUUCUAACCAAAUGUCUGGACUGGUUUGGUUUUUUUUUUUUCCCCAACCCCAAUGAUACUUCUCUUUCCCCUUUUUCUUUUACUUCUAAUAACUUAUCUUGUCAUGUUCAGCUUUUAUUUUGCUUUUUGCUCUUUUUCUUGAAUAUAUUAUGCUAAUUUGGAAAGUCCGAAACUGUCAAAAUGUUAGUUAAUAAGGUACUUGUAAUUAAAAUAUGAGACUACAAUCACUAAUUCUACUGUAUUAAAUAUUAGAAGAUAUAGUUUGAUAAACAACAUGGCUUGUAUGAAAACUGAGCAAGUAAGUGUAUGUCAUUAACUGUAGUGUUCUGUGUAGUUACUGCUUAGUCUGCAGAAAUUAAUGACUUCGAUGUCUGAUUUGCUUUCACUUAUAUUCACCAUGGGAUGAUGUCUAUAAAAUCAGAUACUGUUAAAUUAGAUUAGGAUUUAAUAAAAAUUAUGAAAGCU